AUGAAAUUACGAAGAGCCGUGGACGGUGAAUCUAUUAAAACUGAACUGAGCUGCGCGGCAGAGGAGGAAAAAGUAGAAGAAACCUCCAGCGAAGAUGGAAGUGACAUUUGUUUGAAAAAUAUCGACAUCAGUGAUUCGCAGCUGAAGCUCGACGUUGACGACGAUCUUCUUCGACCUGAACAAUCCGCAACGUUUUGGUCGAACCAACGCCGAUCAUCAAAAAUAUACAACGACGAUGGAAUCGAAAAAUUUUUCGAUCUUGCAUAUGCAAAGGAAUUGAGGCCGAUCAAAUCGAUGAAAGAAAUACUUCAAACUGACACUUUGAAGUUGCGUUAUUACGGCAUCGAUCCCAGAAUCAUCCCGGUCAUCGUUGAAGCCAUUGAUCAAAAUACUUUGAUUCAAAUCAUUGACUUGACCGAAAAUUGGUUAACAGCAGAUGCUUGUGAGCAUUUGAACCAAUUGUUAUUAACGAAAGAAAUAAUAUCGCAGCUCAAUCUAAGAGGAUGUCGAAUCGGAGCGGAGGGUGUUAAAAAUUUGCAAAAUGGAAUAGCAACGGCUCCAGCCCUCAGCGACCUGAAUCUGAGUCGAUGCGAAAUCGGCGACGAGGGUCUGGAGCUUAUCGCCAGCCCAAUUUACCUCAACAAUAAUCUUGAAAAUGUUAAUUUGGCUGAUAAUAAAUUAGAAGAAAAAGGAGCCGAUUAUCUCAGUGCUAUGGUCGCUCAAACCGAAUCCCUCAAAAGUCUUGAUUUGUCACACAAUCAUUUGGGACACAGCAUUUUUGCAGAAACAUUUUUUCAAGGCUUGACCAAAAAUAAAACUCUUGAAUAUCUUAACAUGUCUGAAAAUGGUCUGGGAUCGGAAACUACUCCUGCUUUGGCUUACUUUAUCGCCAAAUCAAAAAAACUUCGGGAAUUGGAUCUAAGCGGAAAUAGAUUCACAGAGUCAGAUGCAAAUCAAAUAGCUGCUGCUUUGUCGAGCAACAAAUGCCUUGAAGUACUGCGCCUGGGAAAUAAUCCUUUAGGAGCAUCAGGUGCUUUGGAACUGGUUAACGCUGUCAGUCCUUACAAAUCACCAAAUCUUAAGUUAGAGCUCCUUGAUAUGGGAAAUGUUUGGGCCGAAAAGGAGAUUUUACCAUCAUUGGAAAUGUUGAAAAAUGAGAAACCUUCGUUGACCAUCAAGCUGGGAGGCAUUCUCAGCAAUUAUAAACUGCGCGGACCUGACACACAAAAAAUAUUUCUCAGAAGAGCCCAUCACGAAGCUCUGAACCCGAAGAAAAAAAAGCUGAAAAAAGAUUUUGGCCACCUCAUGUUGAGUCUCAAUGACGAAGUCAUUACUUCAGACUUUUUCAAAAAAUCCAUCAAGAAAUUUAAGCUCAAGUUGAGUCAGUCACUCGUCAAUGAAAUAAUAACAGCUUUUGAGAUUGAAAUGGGCCAAAUUGAUUUAGCUACUAUGAAGAAACGAUACUUGGAAGAAUUUCCUGACACAAAACUGCCACCUCAGGAAUCUCGACAAAAAGACACAAGCGACGCAUAG